AUGUCAGACAUGCCGACAUCAAGAACGGAAAAGUCCACAUAUACUUAUGCCGGCCGCACUCGAUGGAAGCGACUCCGUGCAUUGAAUCCAGGCAGGGGCAUGUACCACGAUGUCCGCCGACGACUCCCCUACUACUGGAGUGAUAUUGCAGACGCCCUCACUUAUCGGACAAUUGCAAGUACAAUCCGGAUGUACUUCGUCAACAUGCUCCCUGCCAUCGCCUACACUCUCGACAUGUACCGACGCACAGGCGAGUUCUACGGAGUCAACGAGUCUCUGUUUUCUUCGGCACUGGCGGCGAUGAUUUUCAGCAUCCUCGGUGCACAGCCGCUGACUAUCGUGGGAAUUACUGGCCUGAUCUCGCUCUUUAACUACACCAUCUAUGAUAUUGUGGUCAUCUAUGAGCCAACCAUCUAUCCGAACUUCAUGUGCUGGGUCGCGAUCUGGGGUGCGGUUUUCCACUGGAUUGUUGCGGUCUGUAAUUUCUGCGACUACAUGCGCUACGUGACUGAUUUCUCUUCCGAGUCGUUUGGGGCGUAUGUUGGCAUCAUUUACUGCAUCAAAGGAGUAGAAGAGCUCGUCAACGAGUUCACCGUUUACGGACCAGCAGCCGGGUUCCUUAGCUGUCUGAUUGCCAUUCUCUACUUCAUGACGAUAUACGGCCUGGAAUGGCUAGGGUCGAGCACAAUCUGCCGGCCAUGGUUCAGAGGACUUCUGGCGGAUUACGCUUAUGUGAUAGGAACACUCUUCUGGACAGGCUUUUCGCACUUCCCAGGAACCCUCAAGUCCGGCGGUAUCUCAUUCGUCCCCAUCACGAAGGCAUUCUUCCCAACGCAGUCUCGGGGCUGGUUAAUUCACUUCUGGGAGCUCGAGGUGAAAUGGGUAUUUGCGGCUCUUCCUUUUGGGUUUCUGAUUAUGUUGCUGUUUUAUUAUGAUCAUAACGUCAGCAGUCUCACAGCACAAGCCCGCCAAUUCCUACUGAAAAAGCCCGCCGGCUUCCACUGGGACUUUUUUCUGCUUGGAUGCACUACUUUCCUCGCUGGUAUAACCGGCAUCCCAAUGCCAAAUGGACUCGUUCCUCAGGCCCCCGUGCACACCGACUCCCUAACAAUCUACGAAACAGACGUUCACAUAAUCAACACCAACACAGCCGAAGAUCUAGGAGAAGACACCGAAAUCCGCCACCCCGUAAUCAAAGCCACCGCCGUCGUCGAGCAACGCAUCUCGCACUUCUUCAUGGGCCUGGCCAUAAUCGGGACAAUGACAGGUCCGCUCCUUAUAGUCCUGCACACGAUCCCCGCGGCAGUCUUCGCGGGCGUUUUCUUCAUCGUUGGAUGGGGAUCUAUUGAAUCGAAUGGGAUUUUGAAGAAGAUCAUCUUUCUCUUGCGUGAGAAGAGGUUUGUCUCGCGGGACGAGCCGUUAUUGACUUUAAGGAAGGGGAAGAUAGGCCUUUAUUUGGCUUGUGAGGUUAUCCCUGUUGCGGCCUGUGUGGCGAUUUCGCAGACGAUUGCUGCUGUUGGGUUCCCCGUCUUGAUUAUCGCAAUGGUCCCAUUUAGGGUUUGGGUGCUGCCGAGGUGGUUCAGUGAUGAGGAGCUUGGUGUCCUGGAUGACUUGACGGCUAGUAAUAGUGCUGUGCUGGGGAGUUUGGGUGGGAUGCCGUCGUUUGCAGGGGAAAGGGGAGGAAGUGAUACUGUCGAGAGGAGACAUUCGCAUCAACGGGGUGCUGUGAGGCAGCGGUCUGGGAGUAUUUCUCGGUAG